CACACCGCAAUGGCUGCGGUGGGGUGCGCAGGAGACGUACUACGCCACUGUGGCCCAGGAACAGCCCGUGCCUCGCGUGUCCUUGUUUGAGUAUCUGAACUCCAAGCACUCGGCUGUGCUUGCGACAGUCAGCGAGGCCGUCCAUUCGCUCAGGCGCACAGACACAAACAACACCGCCCACCCACCCACCGAAGUGGUGGAUGUGUGCGUGGUGGGUGCGGGGGCGGCAGGACUCUGCACUGCCCUGGCCCUCUCAGAAAAAGGACUCAAGGUGGCUGUGCUGGAGAGUGAGGUGGUGGGGUGGGGGUCGUCUGGGAUGAAUGGGGGGUUUCUGCUGCCCAUGUUUGCGUUGGAUGUUGAUGAGAUGGUCCAUGGCGUAGGCGUUGCAGCCACCAAGCGAAUGAUGAAGGAGGCGUACGCAGCACAGGAGCGAACAGUGGCCACCAUCAACAAGUACGGCAUUCUGUGCGACCUCACGAACACGGGAAUCCUCACGGUCAGCUUCUUCAAGGGCACGGGUGAAGAACAGGCCGAAAUCAAUGAGGAAAACCAAAUGUUGGGUACCAACCAAGUGUAUCUAAGCAAGGAGCAGGUGCAGGCCGACUACAAAACAAAAGUGUACCAGCACGGCACCUUUGAACCAGUGGCCUACACACUCAAUCCGCUGAGCUACAUGCGUGGCUUAGCACGAGCAUGCGAGGAAAAGGGCGUCAAGAUAUUCGAACGCACACGUGCCACUCGAUACGAAGCACUGGGCACAGCGACAGACGGCAGAGAGGGCUAUGCAGUAUACACCCGACCAAAUGGUCUCAUGAAGACAAGUUGCCCAACGAUCCAGGGAGCGGAAAAAUCACAACACCCACCCGCGGCCACAACAUCGACCAAUGAGAUGCCAGCGAUGAACAGCAACAGCACAAGUCCAUUGGAGGAGACGCAGACGCACACAGCCACACACAGCCCUCGCGACACCCAGCCAACGGGCGAGUGUGUGGUACAGGCUCAGCAUGUGGUGCUGUGUGUGGGGCCACACAUUAAAGCUGAGCUCAACGGACAGAUGAACCGUGCACUGGUGAAGAACUAUACAGCCAUUGUGGUCACUAAGCCUAUUGGCCAGGAGAGGCUCCGCAGCUUAAUCAAAACGGACUACGCCGUGUGUGACACCAGAUGUGCUUUGGGAUACUAUCGUCCGUUGCCCGAUAGUCGGCUGCUGUACGGAGGACUGUGCUCCGCCAUUCCGUUCACCAAAGACGACAUCGUCAAUGCACUCACUGCCGAUCUAGUGCACGUAUAUCCUGAGUUAGCUGAUGUUGAGGUUGACUUCGCAUGGACUGGGCCUAUGGCGUGGGCACGGCACGAAAUGCCUUUGUACGGCAAACUGGAUGACGGCGUGUACUAUGUCAAUGGACUGGGUGGUGAUGGUCUGAAUGGGAGUGCUGUGGGUGGGGAUAUCAUUGCAACUGCCAUUGCCAAUGGCGACGACCAGCGCAUCGCCCUCUUCCAGGACAACUAUCCGGUGGAGUAUGCGUACUGGCCGUUCGGUGGCAUUGGUACUGAGCUGGUGUUCCGCUACUAUCGUGUGAUGGAUGCGUUGACUGCGUGGAGGGAUCGCCUAUAGCUGUGGGCUGUCUGCGACCGUUGACUGGGCGACGUAACUAUAAGAGAAGUACAGGUGACCUCAUAACACCAACACCAUCACAGACAACCACAUAACACCAUCACAGACAGGUGACCACAUCACACCAACACCUUCACAGACAACCACGUGGCUACGUUAACACAGACCACCACGUGGCUACGUUAAUAUAGACAACCAAUGAGGUCUCAAGGGUGUUGUCGAUGCCUUUGUCUCCUCAAAUGCCCCGAGCGGAAUGGCGUCGACACUCCACGCGAUAGUGGUAACGUCGUCUCUGGAGUGUUCGACUCGAUUGACUCGAUUUAGUGUAAAUUCACUCAGUUUAAUUAGAAACGACCUUAGCCAGAUACUAAACCAUGCACGCGCAUUGUAUGCGAAUGCCCAAAACCCUAAAAACUGUGAACAACACUGUGAUUAUAAGACAGUGAGUACUAUGGCUGCAAGAAAC